GAUUUAUGAGCAUUUGGCUGUCAGAUUAGUUGAAGUAAAAGCUGCAAGAUGGGAUCAAUAUCAAAGCCUGUCUCACAAUUCACGGACCCUGCCUACCAUUCCUGUUUCUGGUUAUAGAUUAUUAUGUGAUAAAUCGACUUUAUCUAGUUCAUUCAUAUCAGAUCUUUUCCAGUCUUUCCAUGACAAGGACUUUUGGAUACCGAAAUGUGGUGGACAUCUAUCUGAUGGAGAAGCAGUUUUUGAUAGCUCAUCAAGAAUCGAAGCGAAACGUGCUCACCAAUUGUUCUCCGGUGCUGCUGAACCAGAGUUAUUCCCUAACAAAAAACAAGCUGUCCACACUUCACUCAGCAAAUCAACUUCGGGAAUCUCAAUGACAGAUUCUUCAUGUUGGGAGACUUCUGGUCUUCAAUCAGGGGCGAACCAAUUAAUUGAUAGUCUGUUUGGAGUUGAUACCACUAGGCCAGUCGACUUGACCGAGAGAAGCAUGUCUCCUUGUAACACAAGAAAUUCCACCAUAAGGAAAAAGGUGAUCAACGACCAAGUUGGAGAUGAUCCAUUAGUUGGUUUAUCAAUGUCUUACACUAUUGAAGAACCACAGAUAUGCAUAAGCGACAGUAGAAUGAGAAAAGCUAAUAUUCAUCAGGUGGGGGAUACAGAAAAUGCUUUUCGUUCACCUAUUGAAAACAACAUGAAUAUGUCUAUCAGUCAGGUGCACAAUAGGGCAAGUGAAACAUCCUUCUUAUCCAUGGGUCAGGCAUAUGGAAAGGACGGUGAAAGUCAGGCUUAUAAUCACGGGGCUAUAAGUACUAGAUCCAUCGGAUCCAAUGCUGACUCCUAUACCAGAGGGGAUUCCGACACAAUAUUUGGAUUUGAAUUGGUGUCUGAUGUUGAUGCUCUGGCUAGGCCAAUUAGCAGUUACGAUUAUUUGCAUUAUCAAUCUUCAGGGCACACAUCAGAAACACAUGGUGACAAGCAGUUGGACGAAUCAAUUGCUAAUGCAGCUGAUAUAUCCUCUCAGUCUUCAAAACCUAGGACUGAUUCCAUGCCGAAAAACAAAUCAGAGUCUAAACAUGCACAUAAAGGUGCUCCUAACAGCUUUCCUUCGAAUGUUAGAAGUUUGUUAACAACAGGAAUUCUUGACGGGGUACCUGUAAAAUACGUUUUGUCCCGGCAGGAGCUUCGUGGUAUUAUAAAAGGCACUGGCUACCUAUGCAGCUGUCAGCCAUGUAACUAUUCAAAGGUGCUUAAUGCUUAUGAAUUUGAGCGUCAUGCUGGUUGCAAGACGAAGCACCCAAACAAUCACAUAUACUUUGAGAGUGGAAAAACUGUCUACCAGAUAGCUCAGGAGCUAAGGAGCACGCCACAAAGUUUGUUGUUCGAUACAAUUCAAAACGUGACUGGUUCCCCCAUCAACCAAAAAGCUUUCCAGAUUUGGAAAGAAUCAUUUCAAGCUGCAACUCGGGAGCUUCAGCGAAUAUAUGGGAAGGAAGAAUUGAAUCUGUAAGUUCAACGUUGGAUCAAUGGUGAUAUCAAAAAUAUUUUCUGUCCGUGUAAUAAGAAACAAAUAACUUAUUUUAGUGUCAUGUAUCUGUAAGGAAUGUGAUGUAAAACAUGUGCGUUAUAUGCUUCGGCGCUUGUAUUUUGACAGUGCAAACGUUUGUCAACAAGUCUGUGCCAUAUUGAAUACCUAUUGCAAUGGCAGCGUCGAUGUUCUAGUUUCC